CUCAGCCAGCCUGGGAUACUCACCUCGGAGCUCACCGAAAUUGCUGUGCAAGUCAAUAUUGACAUAUAGGUGUAUAUCCGUCCGGGGGUACUUCCAAGGCGAUUCAGUAUGAAUCUGCUGGAAAGGUUAAACCUCGGGCGAUUGGCUUUCCCCGUAGGUUGUCCAAGUAUAGUCAGUUGCCGAACUUGACCCACUCCAUCUGAAAAGCCAAGGGGUCUUCACUUACACGUCAAACUUCCCUUCUCCGAGAAUCGGUGCCCAUCUUCCAACCGAACACGAUUAAACCAUCAACCAGCAGACGGCAAUAUGAGUGCGUUUCAGAGUUCUAGCGGCUCUUCGGAGCUCACAAUGACCGUCUUGGGCUGCGGCACCAUGGGCAUCGCCAUCCUCUCAGGGAUCCUCGCCUCCCUUGAUGAGAUGCAAGACGGCAACACCAAGCCCUCCUCCUCGGGCACCUCGACCCCGCUCUACGAGACGUCCAACACCACCCGCCUUCCCUCUCGCUUCAUCGCCUGCGUGCGCCGCCCCGAAUCCGCCAAGAAGCUCAAAACCACCUUCGCAUCCCACCUCAACGCCGUCACCAUCGCCCAAAAUGCCAACGUCCCCUCCGUCCAACAAUCCGACGUCAUCCUCCUCGCAUGCAAGCCCUACAUGGUGCAAGAAGUCCUCUCCGAGCCCGGCAUGGCCUCGGCGCUGCACAACAAGCUCCUCAUCAGCAUCCUGGCGGGCGUCACCGAAUCCCAAAUCACGUCCACCCUCACCGCCGCCAACGGCGGCUCCCCCGUGCCCUGUCGCGUCGUGCGCGCCAUGCCGAACACGGCGUCGCUCAUCCGCGAGAGCAUGACCGUCAUCGGCAUCUCGAACCCGCCGCUCGACCCGGACACGCUGGGGCUGGUGACGUGGAUCUUCAAGCGCAUCGGCGAGGUGGUGUAUCUGCCGCCGUCGACCAUGGACGUGUGCACGGCGCUGUGCGGGUCCGGACCGGCCUUCUUCGCGCUGAUGCUCGAGGCCGCCAUCGACGGCGCCGUGGCAAUGGGUCUGCCCCGCGCCGAGGCGCAACGGAUGGCGGCGCAGACCAUGAAGGGCGCUGCGGGGUUGGUGUUGAAUGGGGACCACCCUGCGCUACUGAGGGAUAAAGUCAGUACUCCCGGUGGGUGUACGAUUGGCGGGUUGUUGGUGUUGGAGGAGGGGCGGGUAAGGGGCACGGUUGCGAGGGCGGUCAGGGAAGCAACGGUGGUGGCGAGCCAGCUUGGACAGGGUGUUCAGGGGGUGAACGGGACCAGGUUCCCGAGUAAUCAGUUCCAAUGAUGCAGCGGGGGGUGAACGGGACCAGGUUCCCGAGUAAUCAGUUCCAAUAAUGCAGCGGGGGGUGGAAGUACAUAUGGCCUUGUUCGGUUCCGCUGGGGGGCUUUGUAAAAAUGGGUUGACACAAACACGGUUCUCAAUGUCCACGGAUAAAGAAAAUCUUCUUUCAGCCGCAGAUUGUCCCUUGCAACUCGAACGGCGUACCGCCCGAGUAAACCAAUACUGCCCUCGCCAAACGCCGUAGUGUACACACAACCAGACGAUACGUGCAACAAUAAAGUACCGUAAUCCGGAG